ACCAGUCGGUCCUCUUCACUGAGCUGUGAGGGCUUAAGACUUCUCAGCAUAUUUGUGGAAACAUCAUGAUCAUCUAGAACUGAGAAAAAUCUCCUAUUUUCCCCACAUUAAAGAAGAAGAAAACCUAAAGAAAAAGAGUCGCGAUGAACAGAGACGGAGACAAGAGCGCAAAGUCUGCGCUCCGGAGCCAGAAACAGCAGGUUUCUGCCCAGAAGAAGAAGAAGGACCCGGCUCCUAAAGAUGCUCAAUGUGGCUCUCUGUCAGGUCCCUGUGACUCUGGGAAGGAGGUGAAACCGGCGGGACAGCAGGGGAAACGAUCGGGCAAAGUGUCACUGAGUGUCACGGUGGAGUGCCCCGGUGCGCAGAGGAAGUUAUCCGAUGCCAGCAACGCUUCAGAGGACCUGAGCAAAGACUCCGGCUGCCCGUCUGGGAAACUCUCCUCCUCAGACAGCAGCUCAGAAAUCUCCGACUGCCCCUCGGAGGGCAACAGUAAGCAGGACUCUCCGAGCAGCGACAGUGAUUUAAGCUGGAUAGAGCCAGGAGCUUAUUUGAGCUCGGACAGUGAGGGCAAAGGCGACGGCAAACCGUGCGUAAAGGUGCCGAGGGAUACCUGCGCUCUGCAGCCUGAUGCUGCUGGAGCCGGGCUCAGUUUGUUUAACUCCUCAGAGGCGUUUAUGGAUCUCAUGAUGGGGGAGACAACCGAUGAUCUGGUCAGGGAGGUGGAGGAUCUGAGAUCAGAGAACGAGUAUCUGAAAGAUGAGGUGGAGGAGCUACGCUGUGAGAUGCUGGAGAUGCGUGACAUGUUCCAGGAGGAGGAGGUGUAUCAGCUGCAGGAGCUGCGGCUGCAGCUGGAGCAGGCCAACAAGACCUGUCGCAUCCUGCAGUACCGCCUCCGCAAGGCCGAGCGCCGCAGCAUCCGGGUGGCUCAGACGGGACAGGUGGACGGGGAGUUGGUUCGGAGCUUAGAGCAUGAUAUAAAGGUCAGAGGUCAUUACGGUUACUCCUCCUCCUCCUCCUUUGUCAUUGUGUGGUCUUGUUAA